AGCCACGAGCCGCUCGGGCUUUGCAAGCCACUGCGCAGCAAAAGACAAGCUUUGGCCUGCCGAGUGCAGGGGAGCGUAGCCUGCCCCGCCCCCUGCCAGCGGUCCUCGGGAUUGGCUCGUGUUGGCGUCCUUCAGAUCUGGUGGGUGGGCAGAGGCUGGCGUGGGCGGGGCCGAGGCCGGGGGUACUGAGCGCUCUUGGCAGCCGAAGGAGUCGCAGGCUGGGCGCACGCGAGGCUGACCGCGCGGCUGCACGCUUCGUGCAAGUCGUCGGAGGCGCGGCGAGCGCAGUGGACGCUAAGGCGCCGCUACAGGAGUCUCGGAACCCCGGUGUCCCUGGCGCACUCAGCAAGGCCCCGGUUCUCUGCAGUCCCCGGAGCAGCUCGCGAUGGCCCCGCGCAAGAACGCCAAGGGCGGCGGCGGCAACAGCAGCAGCAGCGGCAGCGGCUCGGGCAGCGGGAGCCCGAGCACGGGUAGCAGCGGUAGCAGCAGUAGCCCCGGGGCUCGGAGAGAGGCAAAGCACGGAGGACACAAGAAUGGACGGAGAGGGGGGAUUUCAGGAGGGUCCUUCUUCACGUGGUUCAUGGUCAUUGCAUUGCUCGGCGUCUGGACAUCUGUGGCCGUCGUGUGGUUUGACCUGGUCGAUUAUGAAGAAGUUCUAGGAAAACUAGGAGUCUAUGAUGCAGACGGCGAUGGAGACUUUGAUGUGGAUGAUGCCAAAGUUUUAUUAGGCCUUAAAGAAAGAUCUCCUUCUGAGAGGACAUUUCCACCGGAGGAGGAGGCAGAGACUCAGGCUGAGCCGGAGGAGCGGGGCCCCGAGGGGGCAGAAAUCCAGAAUGUUGAAGAUGAAGUAAAAGAACAAAUUCAGCCCCUUCUCCAGGAAUCAGUACACACAGACCAUGACCUUGAAGCAGAUGGACCCACUGGAGACCCACAGCCAGAGGUUGAGGACUUCCUCACAGUGACCGACAGCGAUGACAGAUUUGAGGACCUGGAACCCGGGACAGAUCAUGAAGAAAUUGAGGAUAGUUACCAUGUGGAAGAGACAGCAUCGCCCAACCAUCUAAACGAGGUGGAAGAGAUAGCGAAUGAACAGGAAGACUCAGAUCCCAGUGAAGCAGUGACAGACGCUGAUGUGCUGCAGCCCCAUGCAGAGGAAGUAAGACAUCAAGACUAUGAGGAACCAGUAUAUGAACCUUCAGAACAUGAACGGAUAGAGAUUUCAGAUAUUGCUGUAGAUGAUUCCAGCACAAUCUCAGAAGAAAUAAAUGUCGCCUCUGUUGAAGAACAGCAAGACACACCACCAGUUAAGAAGAAGAAACCUAAACUUCUGAACAAAUUUGAUAAGACAAUUAAGGCUGAGCUGGAUGCUGCAGAAAAGCUCCGGAAAAGGGGUAAAAUCGAGGAAGCAGUGAGCGCAUUUGAAGAAUUGGUUCGAAAGUACCCUCAGAGCCCACGAGCAAGAUACGGCAAAGCGCAGUGUGAAGAUGACUUGGCAGAGAAGCGGAGAAGCAAUGAGGUUCUGCGCAAGGCCAUCGAGACCUACCAGGAGGCAGCUGACCUGCCUGAUGCCCCCACAGACCUGGUGAAGCUGAGCUUGAAGCGAAGGUCAGAAAGGCAGCAGUUUCUAGGUCACAUGAGAGGUUCUCUACUUACCCUCCAGAGACUAGUUCAGCUGUUCCCCAGUGAAACUACAUUAAAGAACGACCUUGGCGUAGGAUACCUCUUGCUGGGAGACAACGACAGUGCCAAGAAGGUUUACGAAGAGGUGCUGAAUGUGACACCAAACGAUGGCUUCGCCAAAGUGCAUUACGGCUUCAUCCUGAAGGCACAGAACAAGAUAGCUGAGAGCAUUCCCUACUUAAAGGAAGGAAUCGAAUCUGGGGACCCUGGCACGGAUGAUGGCCGGUUUUACUUCCACUUGGGGGAUGCCAUGCAGAGGGUCGGGAACAAAGAGGCAUAUAAGUGGUAUGAACUUGGGCACAAGAGAGGGCAUUUUGCCUCUGUCUGGCAGCGUUCCCUCUACAACGUGAAUGGUCUGAAGGCUCAGCCGUGGUGGACGCCCAGGGAGACUGGCUACACAGAGCUAGUGAAGUCUUUAGAGAGAAACUGGAAGUUAAUCCGUGAUGAAGGCCUCAUGGUGAUGGAUAGAGCCAAGGGUCUCUUCCUGCCUGAGGAUGAAAACCUUCGGGAGAAGGGCGACUGGAGCCAGUUCACACUGUGGCAGCAAGGAAGGAAGAAUGAGAACGCCUGUAAAGGAGCUCCUAAGACCUGUGCUUUACUGGAAAAGUUUUCCGAGACAACAGGGUGCAGAAGAGGACAGAUCAAAUAUUCCAUCAUGCACCCUGGAACUCACGUGUGGCCACAUACAGGACCCACGAACUGCAGGCUCCGAAUGCAUCUGGGGUUGGUGAUCCCUAAGGAAGGCUGCAAGAUCCGGUGUGCCAAUGAGACCAGGACGUGGGAAGAAGGCAAGGUGCUCAUCUUUGAUGACUCCUUUGAGCACGAGGUUUGGCAGGAUGCCUCGUCUUUCCGGCUGAUAUUCAUCGUGGAUGUGUGGCACCCCGAGCUGACCCCUCAGCAGAGGCGCAGCCUUCCUGCAAUUUGAAAGGCACUGACGCAGACUUGGUUGCUCUCCAGGGAGGCUGCCUUUCUGGUUCCUUUUGGGUGUGGAGAUAGACGUUCAAGUGCCCUGACUCUUCAUCCUUGUUCCAUGCCACUGGAGACCUCUAAGGUCCCUUCUGGAUUAGAACUCACUGGAGGGAGCAUUUGCCUUCCUGCAACUCAUUUAGGGGGCCUCUUGCUUUAUGUCACCCAUGACAGCACAGAACUGGUGCCUGGAUUUAAGGGACAGAAAACUUGGUUGUGUUGUCUACAUGGCUGACCAAAGAUAUUUUUCUACAUAGAAUAGUGUCUACAUCAGUGUACACAGAGGAUAUACUAUAUAUAUAGAAACUGUGAAUGAAUCACUUUAGUUUGUAAUUUUUCUAUGCAGUUAUAUUUUUCUAAGCAGCUAAACUGUUCUGUCACAAUCUACCCCCAUGUUUUUCAUUGACGUUGACUUUAAUGACAAGAAGUAUAAAUUCUUUACUUCUAACUGUUAAAUAGUAAUUUUCCUGGUAAAUUCAGACAUCUCUUUUUUAGAAAGAAAAAGUCACGAGUGAAAGAAAAGAACUUUUGUUUUCCGAACAUAAAUUGGAGGUUAUGCCAGGAUGCAUGAACUGUGCCAACGCCUGCCUUUGGGUCUACCUGAGUAUCCUCAUUUAGACUCAGUGUCUCCCCCCUUUCUCUGUGCUAAUAAUAGAAAGUUCUUAUUUCUAAGAGCAACACUUGUUUUUUUAAUUACACUGAGCAAAGCCAUAGAAACAUUUUAUAUUGUGAUAGGAAAAUACCACAGAUAAUGGAGCUUGGAGAGAAAAAUAUCACAUGGGAGUGAAACUUCCUGUCCAGGAUCAGGGACCCAGGUAGCCUGGCCUCUUUGCCUUCUAUACACAAGGCCUGGAAUCUGCAGUGCCUGCCUGCUGUGGAUCCACUUGAGUGUCAAGAAGAAGGCCUCUUGGUCUCUGAGAGUCUCUUCACUAUUUUAUCCAUGUAGGAAUAGCAGCAUAGGAAGUGCCCAGGGAUGCUAGCAUCCUAGGUGGUCAAGCAUCCUUGAUUAUGAAUUGGCAGUGCUUUUCCAUCUUCCUCCCCUCAAAAUAAUGUCAGCCACCUCAUUUUAUGUUGAAACAGUGUUCACAGGCAUGUUUGCUUUGAGUGCUCCCCAUGGCUGAGAAAGGACAGUAGAAAGCCAUCUUGCUCCUCGAGAUGAUCAUUAAUAAAGCAUUGCUGCAUUUUAUUUUCUGUGUUAUAAUUAAAGAUAACUCAAGCCCUAGAAUGUAAUGACAUUCAUGCACUGAUCUCUAAGCCAGUCGAACAACAUUGCUGCAGAAAUGGCUGGUAUUCCAGCCACACAGGUAGAAAAGACAGAGACGUGUGCUUUUUAAGCAAUGUCCAAAAAAAAAAAGCAGCUUUCUGUACCUCAUUUAAAGAGCAAUUCAUUGAGAUUGAUCCUUUCCCUUUUAGCUUAAGGACAUUAAUUAGCUCUUAGAAGGAAAGUUUACAAAAUAUGUGUCCAUUCUUAAAAUAGGUUCUUGUCCCUUCCUUUGCCAGUGUUCAAAAAUUCCUCUAAAACAGAUGGCAAAGGCAUGGGGGGGGGGGAAUAUCAAGUCCUUACCCAAAUUCCAGAAAAGAAUACAAAACUCUCAGACAACAGAAUGUUAUUUGUGUUCUUCAGUAUUUAUUAAACAGAGGAACUUACUGACAAAGGCAAUACAAUCCAGUGUUCAUGUAGUAACCCUCGGUUACCUGCUGGGUUUAGUUCUCCUCUAUACUACAUACACAUAGCGAAAUGCAAACCAUGUGUUCUCAUUGUUAAACUAUCACCUUACAUCCAUGGAAUAAAACGGUGGAAAUGAGUGAAAAUUAGCUGUUAACUUAGUGAAUAUGACAUGUUUUUUUUAAGUAUCAUCAUCACAGUAGGAUUCUAAAUCUUGCCGUGUGAAAAGCCAGAGGUACCAUUACUUUUACAAGUGUUGGCAGUGGCUCACUCCAACAGCGCUUUAAGUACUUGGAUCCCACGCUGAUCUUAUAAACACAAGCAAUAAAAGAUUUUCUAGUUCACUUUAAUUUUUCCUUGCUCUUACUUGUGUCAUAAGAAAAGAAUUUCCAUCCAUGUCUUGGUAGACAUUUUUCAAGGUUAUUAUUUUACGAUUCUAAAGGUCUAAACAAAAUGAAUUGGUAGGUUUUGGUUUUUGUUUUUUAAUAUAUUAUGAUGCAACUGUUUGGGAAAUAUUUUAAAUCCGGUUUCAAUUUUGCUUCUUCAAGGUUGGAACAUAAAAAUAGCUUCUGUUACUAUUCUCUGCCAGUAGAAAAAAAAAAAAAUAAAACAGUAGAUCAACUGAGGAGUAUACAUCUAUACCGUCUGUAGCUCAGGGCUCAGGGGUAGAACACUUGCCUAACAUGACAAGGCCCUGGGUUUGAUCUUCAGCAUUGGAGGGAGACAGAGAAGAAAGAGGAACAGGAAGACAGAGAAAGAAAGACAAAGGAAAAAGAGAGGGGUAUAAAGAGGAGAAAAGUGGGAAGGAAUAGGGAAAGAAAGAGAUGGAGAGAGGGAAGUGGCCACAGUUAGUAAUGUUGUUUGGGUGGAAGUAAGUUGAAUUGGUUUCCUCUUUUCUUUAGGAUGUUCCACUAGUAAAUCACCCUACCAAGUGCUUAAAAUGUAAAGUAUUUUAAUAAGUGUUAUCAAUUAAAUUUUUUGACAUUAUCACUCUGGUCAUAUUAGUAAGAGUCUGUGUCAUAGAGAUGGCUAGGGAAUAAGAUAUCUACAUAUACUCAACUGGUCUCCGGGAACAUGGCACAGACAAAAUAUCCUACCCUUUGCUGCUUUCCGUCUGACUUCCUAUGCAUGGGAACUGCGAUCCAUUUCUAAGGAGAAUGGAUAAGGAAGUAGGUUGGUCUUUGGCAUUUCAUCUUGCAUUCUUGGUCCUCUUUAGCUUGCUAUUUACCUGCUGAUCAGUCCUUAAGGGUCUUUCUGUGAGAUCUGACUGCCUGCUCCCUCGGGGCCUUUCUCCACAGGUAAUAGGAGCGUGGGGACAAAGGGACUUAUUUGAUAGCACUUUUUUUGCUAUAGUAACCCAAGAAUUAACUUAAAUGGGCUCAUCAGUCACUAGUGUGUUUUUUGUUUGUUUGUUUGUUUGUUUGCUUUUCCCAAUGAGUCGCCCCCCUCUCUGUAGGCAUUCACCUACAGGAAAUCACUUUGCUAUGAUGAAGCAAUCAUUUUUUUUUUUUCAAACUGCCUCUCUGUCUUCUUCAAAAAGCAAUUUAUGAAAGUCAGCUUAUGGUCUGACAAGCAACGUGAUGUCAAAAUCAUUCUUGUAGGAGAGAGAUUUAAAUUAAAAACUUUGCAAAUAGCCAGACCGUGUGAGAUCACACUGUUAGGCUGAACUCUUAGAUGCUGGUGAUGAGGAAAUAAGUCAAUACAACUGGAAAUAACUGUUGCUGGGGUUCAGCACUACAUCAAACUUGCUGAUGUGUCUGCACAUUUUAACUCUGUUGUAUUUAUUUGGGAAUGCAUUGCAUCUUAAUUUGAAAAACCUGGAGAGGCUUCCUGUGUGAGUCUUUAGAGUGAUGUAUAUGAGACUAAUUUAGGGGGUUUUGUCCCUUUUAAAGUAUAUUUGCUGCCAAAAAUAUGAGGGAAGGGAGAAUCCCUUUUAUAUAAAUGCCUUUCUUCAUCCCCCUCACCAUCUCUCACUAAAACAUAAAUUAAUUAGUUAAAUUUUAAAAGCGUCUCUCAGAUCUUUGUCUGGUGUGGGCUGCCCAGACCAAUGGUUGCUGACAGUCAUGGCCGGGCUUGGAAUGGAGGACCUCAUGUCAAGCAGAGCACGAGUGUCUGUAGGUCAGGUGGCACAGGCUUGCUGGACGGUUGCUCCACUAGAGACGUCCCAUGAUGCUGGCUGGCUCAGUCCAGAGCCAGCAGGGGCUGGGUGUUCUCAUUUUCUCCUUUGUCUUCAUGUUUCAAGGUCCCAGCUUCUACCACAGACUGAGAUCUAACAAGAGAGGAAGGAGACACACACAGUCACAGGCAGUCCAUACCGGUGAUGCUUGCUAUUCACCUGGAGAAUCAAAUCAUGUAAAGUAGCUACUUAGUGCUUCCUUUCUGGUGUCUGUUUUCCACACACCACUUUAUUUCUUUAUUUCGUCUAUUUGUUUUUCUGAAGAUUGAACCUGGUCAUUCUGAGAUUCUUUUUUUUUUUCCUGCUGAAUUUGAUCCAUAUCUUUUUGCUGUAAUAAAUCCUAACUAUGAGUGUAACAUUUUGUUCAUGUUUCAAAUAAAAAUUAAAGGUAAUUUGAAAGACGC